AUGGGUCCCAUUGGUGAAGAACUGUGUGAGCUGCUGCUUCUUGGAGUGUUCCAAAGAGCUGCAGUUGCAGCAAAGAAGUUGCCUCCCAAGCGUCCAGAGGAAGACAUAAAACCUUACUCCCUGUCAGAUCGAGAGUUUCUCAAGGAAGAAGUUGAACCGCCCUGGCCAUUCAACCAGUCUCGUUCCCUGAUCCGCUCUAGCAGCGUGGGGAAUUCCCCGGUACGGGGCUGCCUCAAACCUUUCCUGAACGAGCAGGAGCUGCUGAAGAACCUGCGCCUAUGCCCCCCGCACUCGACUGCCCACCUCCUGAUGAACGGGGAGCCCGGCGACCCCACGUCACAGAGGCGGAGAACAAGGAAGAGCCCUCCGAAGGAUGUCACGGUGGCUCAGAAGUGUUCUUACAGUCGCUUUGAGAACGGUGCCCCGAUUUUGGAAGACCGCAAGAAAAGAGCAAAUGACCUGAACAGCGUCCUCAGCUCCCCUAGGCAAGUUCAGGAAUCAGAAAGCCACAGGUCAGGUACCACCUCUACCACAUGUUCUCACCACCUAGAACCAGAUGCCCGUGGACAUUCGGAAGGUGUUGGCCAUCCUCCUGAAGAUUCCUCUUUCUCCAAGAUGGACCUCCAAACUCUUGCUGCUCCAAAGCGGACUAAAAGCCCUGAUGCUCCAGCUGCUGUAACAAACCUGUCCUCCAGUAACAGUGAACCGUGUAUGGACCACCUGUCUUGGAAGCAGAAGUGCUGUAGUCUGGCCAGAAGCCCAAAGCAGAUGAUGCCCACGUGGACAGUAGCAGGGGGACCCUAUGAAGCCAAAAGGAUCAGCCACAUGUACCUGCAUCGCAACACCAGACCUUGGUGAUGGGGAAUGGGGGUUGCUAAAAAUAGACAGCCUUGUCAGUCUGGAGAACAAUGAUGAAUCUCCUUAGCAAGAUAUCCUGCUGCUAAAGUGACUUGGACUGAACCAUUUAACCUGGAGCCCCCCAUUAAAAGGUUUGACUCCAGUGCCACUUCUGUCUCCCCCCACCCCACAGCUGCCUUGUAUCAAACCCGUUAGAAGCAAGUCAUUCAAUAUAGCCUUCUUGUUGACCUUGUA